AUGACGGGAGAGGAAGAUGGCGACUCUCGCCUCGAGACUAUGCCUGUAGUAGAUGCUCUUCUUGAGCUGGACGAGAUGCCCCUUGAAGAGUUCGGCAGUGCCUUGAAGGCAGGCGAUUUGGCCGAAGUGCUCACUGUACGACCGGACGAGGAGAUAAACUCGUCGUCGUUUCUGGAUAAAGCUGUCUUGGAGGACACCAAGAGAGUGAUUAACGCACGAAAUGGAUCGUCGAUCCUACGAAAUUCCAUGAAUCCGUACUAA